AUUAAAACAUCUUUGUUAGAUAUACAUACUGGAUUAUACAUAUUUAUAUGUUCGUUGGUUAUAUGAGUCUAUGCUCGUUUUUUAUAGAUAGGUGAUAGGUUAUUACUAUGAAAGUGUUUUUCUCAGUGGACUCCGUUAGUUAAUACUUACUAAAGUUAUUAUGGAAUGUAAUGAAAAUAUUAAAGAUUGUAGAAUGUAGAUGUAUUCUAUAUGUAUUAAAGAUGAAGAAGAUCCUCUUAAAGAAAUAUAACAACAUAGAAGAUAACUCUGAAGUAGAUGAAAGCAGUUAUGGGAAGGAAUCUGUAUUAGAUGAGUAUUGUUUAGAUUCAGAGGAUAUUAAAAUAGAAAAUCAUGAGUUAGAAGAUGUAUCUAAUGAAAAUGAAGUUGAAAUAAAAAAAGAGCUGCAGGAGCAUAUCACUGGUGCUCCACAGGAUACUACAAGGGAAGCUACCAAAUCAUUCAAUGCUACCAAAGUACAUUUGGAAACUUCAACUAGUGAAAGUUCAUAUCAAUGUGAAAUUUGUAGUAAGCAGUUUACUCAACUAGGUAGUUUAAAGCUUCAUCUGAGAGCUCACACUAAGGAAAAACCUUAUAAAUGUGAGAUAUGCUUUAAAAGAUUUUCUCAAAAAGGUGGUUUAAAUAGACAUACGGUAGUUCACACUGGUGAAAAAUCUUAUAAAUGUGAAAUUUGUAGUAGGCAGUUUACUAAAAAAAGUAGUUUAAAGCUUCAUAUGAUAAUUCACACUGGUGAAACACCUUAUAAAUGUAACAUUUGUUGUAAGCAAUUUACUCAAAAAAUUAGUUUAAAGAUUCAUAUGACAAUUCACACUGGUGAAACACCUUAUAAAUGUGAAAUUUGUUGUAAGCAGUUUAACCAGAUAAGUAAUCUAAAUACUCAUAAAAGAGUUCACACUAAUGAAAAACCUUAUAAAUGUGUAAUUUGUAAUAAACAGUUUACCCAAAGAAGUAAUCUAAAUAUUCAUAAAAGAAUUCACACUAGUGAAACACCUUAUAAAUGUAAAAUUUGUAAUAAACAGUUUACCCAAAUAGGUAAUCUAAAUACUCAUAAAAGAAUUCACACUAGUGAAAAACCUUAUAAAUGUGAAAUUUGUAAUAAACAGUUUACCCAAAUAUGUAAUCUAAAUACUCAUAAAAGAAUUCACACUAGUGAAAAACCUUAUAAAUGUGAAAUAUGCUUUAAAAAGUUUUCUCAAAAAGGUAUUUUAAAUAAACAUAUGGCAGUUCACACUAGUAAAAAACCUUAUAAAUGUGAAAUUUGUAGUAAGAAAUUUGCUAUAAAAGAUAGUUUAAAUGUUCAUAAAAGAAUUCAUACUAGUGAAAAACCUUAUAAAUGUGGAAUUUGUAGUAAGCAGUUUACUCAAAAAAGUAGUUUAAAUCUUCAUAAUAUGACAAUUCACACUGGUGAAAGACCUUAUCAAUGUAAAAUUUGUAAUAUGCAGUUUCCUAAACUAAGUGCUCUAAAGAUUCAUAUGAGAUUUCACACUGGUGAGAGACCUUAUGAAUGUGAAAUUUGUAGUAAGCAGUUUACUACAAAAGGUAAUCUAAGUACUCAUAAAAUAGUUCAUACAAAUGAAUAACCUUAUAAAUGUUAAAUAUGCUUUAAAAAGUUUUCUCAAAAAGGUGGUUUAAGUAGACAUAAGGUAGUUCACACUGGUGAAAAAUCUUAUAAAUGUGAAAUUUGCAGUAAGCAAUUUACUCAAUCAUGUAAUGUAAAGAUUCAUGUUAAAAUUCACACGGGUGAAAGACUUUAUAAAUGUGAAAUUUGUAGUAGGCAGUUUACUAUAAAAAGUAAUUUAAAUACUCAUAAACUAGUUCACACCAAUGAAAAACCUUACUUGUCUGUGUGAAAUUUGUAGUAAGCAAUUUAGUCAAUGAAGUGGUUUAAAUUAUUACAUGAAAUUUCACACUGAUCAGAAACCUUAUAAACAUAAGGUUUUCUCCAAAAAAAUUGGUUUAAGUAGACUUAAGGUAGUUCACACUGGUGAAAAACCCUAAAAAUGUGAAAUUUGUAGUAAGCAAUUUACUCAACUAAGUAGUGUAAAGCUUCAUAUGAAAAUUCACACGGGUGAAAGGUCUCAUAAAUAUGAAAUUUGUAGUAAACAGUUUACUAGAAAUAGUAAUUUGAAAACUCAUAAAAUAAUUCACACUAAUGAAAAACCUUCUAAAUAUGAAAUUUGUAAUAAGCAGUUUACUCAACUAAGUUCUCUAAAGAUUUAUAUGGUAAUUCACACUGAUGAAACACCUCAUGAAUGUGAAAUUUGUAGUAAGCAAUUUAAUUUUCAAAUAAGUUUAGAUUAUGAUAUAAAAGUUCACACUGGUCAAAAUCCUUAUAAACGUAGAAUUUGUAGUAAGCGGUUUAGUCAAUAGGUCUGGAUCCCGCGUAUGAAAAAAAGUUGAUUAAUAGCAAGCUGAAAAUUUGUUAAUAGUUUAAGGGUGUCUAGUCAGACAAACUUUGAUAUAUGGGAACACUGGAACAGGGGAAGUUUUAAUUGUGGAACAGGUUAAAAAUUUGGAACGGUCAGACCACGAAAACGUCACAUGUAUUUUGUCCGACAGAACUUCCAAUUGAUUUGUUACCCUUUCAUCAAACUCUCAUGCAAAAAUCAGGCUGGUAUUUAUCACAAAAUGGGCAUUAUAAUGAGUGGAAAACGUAGAAAAUAUCAAAUGACAGGAAUUAUGACAGGUGAUAAAUAGCAGUCUGAUUUUUGCAUGAGAGUUUAACGAAAGGGUAACAAAUCAAUUGGAAGUUUUGUUGGAAAAAAUACAUGUGACGUUUUUGUGGUCUGACCGUUCCAAAUUUUUAACCUGUUCCACAAUUAAAACUUCCCCUGUUCCAGUGUUCCCAUAUAUCACAGUUUGUCCGACUAGACACCCUUAAGCUAUUAACAAAUUUUCAGCUUGCUAUUAAUCAGUUUUUUUUUCAUACGCGGGAUCCAGACCUACAACCAAGUAGUUCAGAUAGCUUUAUAUGACAAUUCACACUGGUGAAAGACCUUAUAAAUGUGAAAUUUGUAGAAAGCAGUUUACGCAACUAAGUACUUUAAAGCUUCAUCUGAGAAUGCACGCUUAUAAAAGAUUUCAUAAAUGUGAAAUUUGUAGUAAGCAGUUUACUGAACUAAGUGUAUUAAAAAUUCAUACGAGAAUUCACACUAAUGAAAAACCUUUAUAAAUGUGUGUGAUAUGCUUUAAAAGUUCCCUCAAAAAGGUGGUCUAAUUAAACGUGAGGUAGUUCACACCAAGGUGUGUUCGCAAAUUAAGCAGUACCGGAACGCUAUGACUUUGUGAUAUUAAUUGUCAAUGCAGUGGUCAAUUUUCCGCGGGGUUUGAGGAACCCAAAAAAGCAGUACCUAAACGGUGUUCCGGUGCGUUCCGGCUCCAUUACACCCCUGGUUCACACUGGUGAGAAACCUUAUAAAUGUAAAAUUUGUAGUGAGCAGUUUACUCAAAAAAGUAGUUUAAAGCUUCACAUGACAAUUCACACUGGUGAAAGCAUUCGCUUCAUAAUUUCAUAAUAUUAUAUUAUCAUUUUAAAAAGUUGGUCUGAUUUUAAAAGUGUUUUAAAAGUAUAAAUGUUUGUGUCGUUUAUUUGUUAACAAUUAACCCGGACUUAUCGAGAUUCCACUGUAGUUUAAAGCUUCAUAUGAAAAUUCACACUAAUGAAACACCUUAUAAAUGUAAAAUUUGCAGUAAGCAGUUCACUAACUAAGUGUUUUGGAGAUUCAUAAUGAGAAUUCACACUGGCGAAGGACCUUAUAAAUGUGAAAUUUGUAGUAAGCAGUUUAGUACAAAACGUGAUUUAAAUUAAGUAGGAAUUCACACUCGUGAAACAUCUUACAAAUGUGAAAUUUGUAGUAAGUAGUUUACUCAUCUAAAUAGUUUUAAGCUUCAUAGGUAAAUGACCUCAUAAAUAUGAAAUUUGUAAUAAGCAGUUGAGUUGCGUAAGUAGUUUAGAUUAUUAUAUAAAAAUUCACACUUGAUGAAAACCUUGUAAAUGUGAAUGGACACAAGAUUCUUGACAACAAGAAAUCGGAAAAUUAGUUAGUGGAGAAGUCAAGUCAGGUAGUUUUUCAGUCGUUUUCUACGAUUUGUAAAAAAAGUUAGUAUAGGAAAAGUCAAACAAUAAGAAAUGCACGUAAUUUUCCCCUUGUUGCCAUAUUCUAAAUUUGAAAAGAUAAAGGAAAAUAUUUAAUCAGAUUUUUUUGACAUACUAUUCCUAUUAUGUACAACAAGCAUUUCAUUUGCUAAAAUUAGUGUCGAGUUUAUAUGACGUCAUUAUUACAUUAAUUUGUUGUGAUUGUAAAAAUGAUAACUGACGUCUGUCAUAAUAUUGGAGGUUAAAAAUAUAAUGUCAAAUUAUUGUUUUCAAAUUAUAUUUUAUUUAUUUAGUUUAUAUUUUAACGAUAGUUUAUUUUAUAACCAACUUCACUUUCCCUUCCCUAUGGCAUUUUUCAGUGCGUCACAAAUGAUGAAGAAGGUAAGUCCGUAAUAAUACACAUUUUAUAACAUUUAUUCUAACAUGACAUUUUAGUUCAAUCUGACAGUUGUCACAUUUUAAUUGCAAUUUGGCAUAAACAAAUUAAUUGUGUUUAUUGCAUUUAUAAAAUGGUAUUUUCUUUGAUUUGUAUAUAGUCCAGAAAGCCACUGCGCAUCCGCUAAGAAAAAUAUUCCGAUUCGGAUUUUUUGCACAAUCUUACUCAAAAAGGACCCCUUUUAACAAAUUAGCAUGUUGCCAGGACCAAAAGUGGGUCAAAAAUUUUUUAAACGUUUUUUUGUUUUUUUGCUAAAUUUAUUUUGUUUGCAUGUUUUUUAGGUUUUUUGGAUCAUUCCAAACAGAAAAAGUGUUUAGUAACUUCUCCCUAAAGUUGAUAGUUUUUGACAUAUAAGCGAUUAAAAAUUGAA